AUGACCGAAAUUGCUGAGGGGAUCGCGAAAUCGCAGGCUGAAGUUGGCGUUUCGUUGCGCUUCCCGGUGCCAUUGGAGCGAUUGAAGCAAUUGGAGCAAUUGGAGCAAUUAGAGCCAUUGAAGCAAUUGGAGCAAUUGGACACUGAUCUAUCGCCCACACAGCGAACAACGAGCUGCACGACAGCCGAUGUGCUCUCCGACGACGUGAAUAACGGGAACGAUGUGGUUGACAAGCGUUUACUUAAAAAGCUGAAGGGGGGCGCUGAACUAGUGCCACUGCAGGGAUCAAUUGUCGAUCCGAUUCGCGCGCUCGAGCGCAGCGGUGGGAAUGAGCCUCGUUCGUCGCAGAUGAUCGUCAUCAAGGAUGAGGAUGUGAAAACGGCAGAACCCUUGGACAAAGAGAUGGAAGCGACGAAACGGAUCGCUUUACCCGAACAAGCGCAAUGGUACUAUCAGAAGAAUCAACUCCCGCUCGAGCAACAACCCUACUACCAUGGCUACAUGAAUCGCGAGGACAGUGAGAAAAUCGUGUCACGACGCGGAUGCGGUCGUUUCCUCGUCCGGCGACUCACCUUCACUAAUGGAGAUUAUUGUUACGUGAUCACGAUCAGCAAAACGACGAAAAACGGGAGCCUCCGCACCGGCGUCAACACGUCAACCUCUGCUGUUGGGGGAAAUCACGAGGGAAGCUUUCGAGCGAGUAUCACAAUCCUCACGUCGACGAUCGCUGAGCGCCUCUCGCAAAUCGGCGAGUCGAAACCGCUGAACGAUGUGGCACAUGUGCGAGUACAGAACACGCAAGGGCAUCACUGGUUUUGGUUGACAGAGUUCAUGUUUAGGAGUGUCCAGGAUUUGAUCGAAUUCCACUCGAAAACCGGCUACUCGAUCGACGACGACGGGACGAUUUUCAUCACGCAAGCCAUCCGGCGAUCCUCAUGGCAACUGGAGCAUGAACAGCUCAAAACCGGCAAACAACUUGGCAAGGGGAAUUUCGGCGAGGUCUUUACGGGCAUUUUUCAACCGGGUGUCUUCUUGCGGGCGAAAAAAUGCGCGAUCAAGACGAUGAAACAAACGGGGAAACAUGCGUCUGAUAACUCCGAAUUCCUUCAUGAGGCCAACGUGAUGCUGAGCCUUCGCCAUCGGCACGUUGUGCAGCUGUUUGGGGUGGCCGCUUUGAAAGAUCCGAUCAUGAUCGUGAUGGAGCUGGCGCCUGGUGGAUCUCUCCUUUCGCGACUCCGCAAAACCCCAAAAAUGAGUGACAAGACGCGGAUUCGAUACACAAUUGAAAUUUUAAUGGGAAUGGCCUAUUUGGAGCAAAUUGAGAUCAUUCAUCGUGACUUGGCGGCUCGAAAUGUGCUUCUCGACUCGUGGGACACGGUGAAAAUCAGCGAUUUUGGAUUGUCGGUGAAAGGACGAGAGCAUCAUGUGCAGGGGAAGAUUCAGAUUCCGACAAGAUGGGUGGCUCCGGAGGUGAUGUUGUGCGGGAUCUUUUCGUCGAAAAGCGAUGUUUGGGCCUACGGGGUGACCGUUUGGGAGAUUUUCUCGGGUGGCCGCCCGCCGUAUGAGCACAUUUUGCAAAAUGACAAAGUACGCGACGGGGUACUCUUCGGGAAUCUGCGAUUGGUCACACCAAGGGAUUGCCCCCAGUCGUGUGGCCAGCUGAUGUCGGCGUGCUUUUUGACGGAAUGGACGAAACGGGCAACGUUUGGGCAUUUAAAGAAAUGUUUUAAUGGUCGAGCGUUUUGCCAGCUGCCGAUGGAUAGUGCGGAGAAACGCUCAUCUUGGUGGCACCGGCUCUCGUCGAUUAGCCGGAGGAGCGGCAAAAAGAAGAACAACAGCGACAAAAACGCUCGGCCGAGUGACGACAUCAAGAAAGCGACGACGAAGACUACUACUGCCACUGCUGCUCCUGUCGCACAACUUGCACAAAAUAGCCUCCCCUUCCCGUCAACCCAUCCACCACUGGAAAACGCAUUGGAAAAACGAGAAAAA